AGACUGCCGUUUCUGUCCUCGUCGUCUACCUCCCCGCGGCCGCGGAGUCCUUGCGCAGAUCAAUCCAACCCUAGUUCUUCCGCGCUAAUCCCCGCAAACGAUGAGCCGACGCAACGGCUGCACCAUCUACGUGGGCAAUCUCCCCGAAGACAUCCGCGAGAGGGAAAUCGAGGAUCUCUUCUACAAGUAUGGCCCUAUCGUGGACAUCGACCUGAAAAUUCCUCCAAGGCCUCCAGUUUUUGCUUUUGUUGAGUUUGAAGACCCACGUGAUGCUGACGAUGCGAUUUAUGGCCGUGAUGGAUAUGACUUCGAUGGCCAGAGGUUGCGGGUGGAGUUAGCUCACGGUGGAAGAGGCGCUUCUUUUGAUCGAUCAAGCAGCUAUAGCAGUUCUGGACGCCGUGGUGCAGCUAGACGUUCUGAUUACCGUGUUAUGGUUACUGGAUUACCUUCUUCUGCAUCAUGGCAAGAUCUCAAGGAUCAUAUGCGGCGAGCUGGUGAUGUCUGUUUCUCUGAUGUUUAUCGUGAGGCUGGAGCAAUUACUGGAAUAGUUGAAUAUACCAAUUAUGAAGAUAUGAAACAUGCGAUAAGGAAGCUUGAUGAUUCAGAGUUCCGUAAUGCGUUUUCACGAUCGUAUAUCAGGGUGAGGGAGUACAAUACUAAGCGUAGCCGCUCUUACUCCAGAAGCAGAAGCCCCAGCUGCUCGUACUCGAGAAGCAGAAGUCGCAGUUAUAGCAGGAGUCCAAGGUCAUCAUCAAGAUCCCUAUCACCUGCUGCUCCCCCUCACGACAAGUCUGCGAGCAGGAGCCCCACCAGGAGCAGAAGUUUAUCCCCAUCUAAGUCUCCUGUGAAAUCUGACUGAAGGCAAAUGCAUCUGAAGCGUCAAAAAUCAUAUCAUGGGACAGAGA